UGUAAAUUUACUGGUUUACUCACAACUUUCUGGGCUGAGUUUUCGCUUCUUAUUCUCGCAAUAACAGCGAUUAAUCGUUAUUUUUGCGUCGUGAAACCACAACGAUAUGCCUCCCUUUUCACCAGAAAGAAUUCUAUCAUAUCAAUCUCUUCGGUUUGGAUUAUCCUAUGUAUUUUUUACGUUGUAUUUCAUGACGUCGUAUACAUCAUCUACAAAUGGCAACCAGAAGAUUUAUAUUGUAGAGGGACUUACGGCUGGUGGAGAUUUCAUAAAAUGUUUCAGGUAGCUUUUGCAUGUCUUAAUUUCGGAUCGACGUCCAUGGUGUUUUUCGCUUAUGGCAAGAUCCUUCUUCUCGUAAGAAGACACAAUAAUGCUGUUCACUACACGGUUCAAGGAACUUUCAGGGAACGUUUAGAGUGCACGAGAUGAAAGCUUUUCGAGUUUCAUUUGCGGCAAUGUUCAGUUUCUGCGUUUCUUGGAUUCCUGCAGGCGUUCUGAUCAUUCUAGAGUAUGGCUUCGCUGUGUCUAUACCUUCGACCGCGCGGUCGAUUCCUUUUUUGUUCGCUUCUACCUCGGCGUGGAUUAAUCCUGUAAUCUAUGGCGUCAUGAAUAGGGCCAUGCACAGGGAAUAUAGAAAUAUUAUUUUCUGUCGGAAAGAAAACUGACUCUUUAAAUUAGGUUGGGUGUCUACACUGACUGUAUCUUUCUUCUCUGUAAGUUUUCCGUUAUGUAGAAAGAAAAUAGCUGACUGCAAAGGCGAGGGCCAUGCAUUUUGCCGGUUCUCAAUAUGUUGUUACCUUUUCUUCGUUUGUUUGCUUGUUUGUUUAUCUUUAUUGUGACAUAAGCUAAGUGGAUAACAAGCCCAGUUAUCUGGAUGCUCGUAUGCAAGUUUCCCCAUAACCGUUUGUAAUAUGUAAGGUCUCUAAAAAAUAGGUAUGUUAUUGCGCCAAAAAAUUACAUUUGUUCCAAAUGAGAAUUUCCUUCCCCUGUUCCACCAAGUAUUCAAAGCGACAAUUUUAUAUGCACAACUAUCAAUGAAAGCGGUUUUCAUGCACUGAAGUUCCCAACUCCUUGCAAAUUUUUGCUGGUCACAGUCGUUGUCGGCGAAGUUCAUUAAUUUUUUAGUACAUAACAUGUGUAUUGUGUGGAGUUCAAGACCAAAUAAAAUUUCGCUCUUAUUUGAAAAUUGCCAGAAGGAUAUUUCUCUCAUCCACAACCACAACGAAUUUUAGUUUCGAAGUCAUUGAUAUCAAAUGGAGAGCUUAAUUGAAUCGGUACCUCAAUGCCAUCCGUUUCAGUUCAGGAAAAGAAAAGCGCGGUGGUGAUCGAACAAGUUCCAUCGGGUGCAUUGGAAUAGUUUUGAAUUGAGUGUCGUAAGAGCAAAACCGAAAGUAAUCACAAAGACCAAUCAGGACAAAGAUGUACAUCAUCAUUAGCCAAUGAGAACUCAAAUUGAAACAAUCAAACUGCUUGAGAGGGGGAAAACGCGAAUGAACAUGUCUAGAGACAGUUUUAGUUUUGCAUCUGAUUGGCUGAGAGGAUGGGGCAAGUUUUCUAGACUAAUAACAGAACAAAAUCAGUAAAACCUAAGCAAUCCCUGAAUAGUUUCAACACUCAAUUGGAAAUUGCUCUAAGUAAGGCUAAAAGGAAGAAAGUAAAGAAUUACUGUUUGUAGAAGGUUUAAGUUUACAUUAGCUAAAAUUGAGUGAAACAUGUGGUGCAUCUUUGCAUCACAAAACUAUUGCAAUGCUUUGUUUAUUAAUUCAUUUAAUAAUAAUAACAUUUUAAUAAUUCAUUUGUUUUACAAAGUGCGGUUUAACAAAACAUGGUAGCGUAGCGAUUCUUCCGCAUUUUAAUACGCACUCGCAAGUGAACAUAGAUUCAAAUUUUGAAGUGAAAAAAAAUAUACCCUGGAAAAAUACAUUACCUGUAAGUCUACAAUGAAAAAUAUUUACAUAAAUUAAUUUGAUUGUUUACAAAAGAUCUCGUGGAGAUCUUAUCCCACAUAUUAAUAAUUUUUUACUCAGAUUAAAUCUAACAGUGAAGACAAAGGAAUCAGAAAUGAAAAUAAAAGUAAGCAAGGUACACCUGCAGGUUCUCAGAGGUCAUUCAUUCUUUACACCCUUUAGAGAUAUCAUAAACACUUGAAUGGUGGGUAAAAUCUGCUUCACAAUUAGGUCAUUCAAUAUCUCCCGUGUAAGCGGAGAUCUCCACAAUAAACAACAAAACAAAGAGGUGCGAAGAGAUACAGACCAACAAAAGGCUGUUUAGCUCAGAUUAAAGUCCAUCAAAGUAGAUUUCUUCCAAGCAAAUAAUGAAAUCACCUUAACGCGUGUGUGUGUGUGAGUGUGUUUUCUUUUAAGGACAAUAGAAUCGCCUUUUUUAGUUGCAGGAAACUGUAUUGCACGCAAGCGGUCACAAUAGGGGUCGACUGUUGAUAGGACAGAAUCAAGCCUGAAGAGCAGGUGUUGAUACAUACGAGCGCCGAGCUCAAUCCUCAGUGAAUAGAGAAACGUCGAAUCAUCCCAAGAAAUCGAGUUUAGCGCGUCCUCUCUGUAUGCAAGAAAUGGAUCUCGGUCAAGGUAAAAGAAUCCUCUCUGCAGUUGUGACGCACACGGUUCUUCUUGCAUGUACAUCACUUCUGUCCCUCACAGGAAACGCGCUCGUCUGCGUGGCUUUCUACCGAAACAGAAGUUUACGAACUAUCACCAAUUUCUACGUGUUAUCUCUGGCAUUGGCUGAUCUAAUGAUGGCUGUAAUGUCUGCUUUUGGAGCAGUCGCCUCUGGAUUAGAUAGAUGGCCAUUCGGUUUUACCUUUUGUCAAUUCCACGGUUUCGUCUCAGUUUACUGGGGGCAGGUAUCCACCUACACUCUGGUUCUCACAUCGAUUAAUCGAUAUUUUUGCGUUGUGAAGCCACAAAAAUAUCCCUUGUACUUCACCAGAAAAAGAACAUUUUUUUCCAUAAUCGCUGUCUGGACUUCAUCCCUUGUUGUCACUGUAAGUUUUCAUAUAGCGCCUCUUGUAUACGAGUGGACUUCUGGCAUUUUGUACUGCCGAGCAACGUCUAACGAUGAACGCUUUCUGGGAAUCUUUUAUGUCUUCUUCUGCAGUAUCUUUACAGUAACUAUGAUUAUAGUAAUACUGGGAUAUUUCAGUGUUUACCGUCAUGUCAGCCGACAUAACAUCGCCAUAGUACCUUCGCUCAGACGUGAAGCAAACCGGCAACAAGGAACGCCGAUAAACGCACAGGAAAUCAAGAUCUCUAAAGUACUUUUUGCUGCGGUAUUUGGUUACUGCAUUUGCUGGGUUCCCUUUAUCGUCACGUUGAUUCUAGAAUUUGGUUUCCAAGUGUCCAUUCCUUUCUAUGUACAGUCGCUGUAUACAUUUUCGGUUUCAAUCUCUUCGUGGAUAAACCCUGUUAUCUAUGGCUUUAUGAACCGAGCCAUGCGUAAGGAAUUUGGAAAACUAAUAUUUUGCAGAAAAGGCUCGGAAUGA